AUCAUUUCAUCCAUCAUACCCAGAAUGCAUAGAGACUCUAAAUAGCGUGAUUUUCAACUUUAUAUGGCGAUACAUGCUUCAUCUUGAACAUUUCCACAUUUAUUUUAAAAGGAUAAUUUUCAUUUUUUUUAAACCGAAUGUUGAAAGUUACGAAUUUCUGAUGCUGUAGCCUACUAAACAAGACUGGAGAAUGGCUGGGUCGACCGUCAUGGCAGCGUCUGAAUUAUACACAAAGUACGCCCGGGUGUGGAUCCCCGAUGCGGAGGAGGUGUGGAAAUCGGCUGAGCUCACCAAGGACUACAAACAGGGGGACAGCCUGCUACACCUGCAGCUGCAGGAUGGCAAGAAAGUUGAGCACAAAUUGGAUGCCGCAACCAAGAACCUGCCGCACCUGCCACACCUGCGGAACCCCGACAUCCUGGUGGGAGAGAACGACCUCACGGCCCUCAGUUACCUCCACGAGCCCGCCGUCCUGCACAACCUCAAAGUCCGCUUCAUCGACUCAAAGCUCAUCUACACCUACUGUGGCAUUGUUUUGGUGGCCAUCAAUCCUUAUGAGAAUCUGCCCAUCUAUGGGUCUGACAUCAUCAAUGCAUACAGUGGGCAGAACAUGGGGGACAUGGACCCGCACAUAUUCGCCGUGGCUGAGGAGGCCUACAAGCAAAUGGCCAGAGAUGAGAGGAACCAGUCCAUCAUCGUGAGCGGGGAGUCUGGGGCGGGGAAGACCGUGUCAGCCAAGUACACCAUGCGCUACUUCGCCACGGUCAGCGGCUCCACCACGGAGGCUAAUGUGGAGGGGAAAGUGCUGGCCUCCAACCCCAUCAUGGAGGCUAUUGGAAAUGCUAAAACCACCAGGAACGACAACAGCAGUCGGUUUGGGAAAUACAUUGAGAUUGGUUUUGACGGGCGGUACCAUAUCGUUGGGGGAAAUAUGAGGACCUACCUGCUGGAGAAAUCCCGAGUGGUCUUUCAGGCUGAUGAGGAGAGGAACUACCAUAUCUUCUACCAGCUGUGUGCCUCGGCCCAUCUACCUGAGUUUCAGCACCUUCAGUUGGGUAAAGCAGAUGAUUUCCACUUCACUAACCAGGGUGGAAGUACUGUCAUUUAUGGGGUGGAUGAUGCCCAGGAGUUGUCCACUGCAAGACGCGCUUUGUCAUUGUUGGGAAUUAAUGAGUCCUACCAGAUGGGGAUAUUCAAGAUACUUGCUUCCAUCCUCCAUCUGGGGAACGUGCCAGUGAAGGGUGUCGAUUCGGACAGCAGCAGGAUCGAGUCUAAUAACCGCAACCUGACGGUCUUCUGUGACCUAAUGGGAAUCACGUACCUGGACAUGUCCCACUGGCUGUGCCACAAGAAGCUGAAGACUGCCACGGAGACCUACAUCAAGCCCAUCCCCAAACUUCAGGCCAUCAACAGCCGGGACGCCCUUGCCAAACACAUAUACGCCAAACUCUUCAACUGGAUCGUCGCCAUGUCAACAAGGCCCUGCAGUGUCAACAAGGCCCUGCAGUCUACGAUCAAGCAGAGCUCCUUCAUUGGGGUUCUGGACAUUUACGGGUUUGAAACAUUUGAUAUCAACAGCUUUGAGCAAUUUUGUAUAAAUUACGCCAAUGAGAAACUUCAGCAACAGUUCAACAUGCACGUGUUCAAACUGGAGCAGGAGGAGUACAUGAGGGAGGAAAUCCCCUGGACCCUCAUCGACUUCUAUGACAAUCAGCCCUGUAUCAACCUCAUUGAGGCCAAAAUGGGAGUGCUGGCCCUUCUGGACGAGGAGUGCAAGAUGCCCAAGGGAAGUGACGACUCAUGGGCUCAGAAGCUGUACAACACGCACUUGAAGACAUGUGCACUUUUUGAGAAGCCCCGUAUGUCCAAUAAAGCCUUCAUCAUCCAGCACUUUGCAGACAAGGUGGAGUAUCAGUGUGAGGGCUUCCUGGAGAAGAAUAAAGACACCGUCAAUGAAGAGCAGAUCAAUGUGCUAAAAGCUAGCAAGUUUGAUCUCCUGGUGGAGCUGUUCGUGGAUGAGGGGAGUGCCACCAGCCCCACAGGGGCGCUCUCCGGUGGCCGAACCAGGCUGAGUGUCAAGCCACAGCCGGCCAAGUCCACUAAAGAACACAAGAAGACCGUGGGGCUCCAGUUCCGUAACUCCCUGCAGCUGCUGAUGGAGACCCUGAACGCCACCACGCCCCACUACGUGCGCUGUAUCAAGCCCAACGACCUCAAAUUUCCUUUCACGUUUGACCCCAAAAGGGCGGUGCAGCAGCUGAGAGCCUGUGGUGUUCUGGAGACCAUUCGGAUAUCGGCUGCUGGCUUCCCAUCCAGGUGGACCUAUCAGGAGUUCUUCAGUCGGUACCGGGUUCUAAUGAAGCAGAAGGACGUGCAGACCGACCGGAAGCUGACCUGCAGGAAGGUCUUGGAGAAACUAGUAGAGGAUAAAGACAAGUAUCAGUUUGGGAAGACAAAGAUUUUCUUCCGUGCUGGCCAGGUGGCCUACCUGGAGAAACUGCGAGCGGACAAGCUGAGAGCCGCCUGCAUCCGCAUCCAGAAGACCAUCCGCUGCUGGCUGGAGCGCAAGAAGUACCUGCGCAUGAGGGACGCUGCCAUCACCAUACAGAGACGUGUGCGGGGAUACCAAGCACGAUGCCUCGCCAAGUUCCUUCGCAGGACGAAAGCGUCCAUCGUCAUUCAGAAGUACCAGCGCAUGUACGUGGAGCGGAAACGAUACAAGCGUCUGCAAACUGCUGCACUCAACAUCCAGUGCAUCCUGAGGGCCUACCAGGCCAGACAGCUGUACCAGAGGCUUCUGCGGGAGAACAGGGCGAUCGUCAUCCAGAGGUGGGUGAGGGGGUGGCUGGCCCGGCGGUGGUACAGGCGCUCCCUGGCCGCCGUUGUGUACCUGCAGUGCUGCGUGCGGCGCAUGUGCGCCCGGCGCCAGCUGAAGAAGCUGAAGAUCGAGGCGCGCUCCGUCGAGCACUUCAAGAAGCUCAACAUCGGCAUGGAGAACAAGAUCAUGCAGCUGCAGCGCAAGAUCGACGAGCAGCACAAAGAGCACAAGGCCGUCAGCGAACGCCUGAGCACCCUGGAGAGCACGUACACCGCGGAGAGCGAGAAGCUACGCAGCGAGGUGUCCCGCCUGCGAGGGGUGGAGGAGGAGGCGCGAAACAACGCCCGCCAAAACGCCUCCCUGCUGCUGGAGCUCGGCCAACUCCGCAAGGAGCUGGAGAUCAUGCGCAGCGAGAAGGAGGCGAUCCAAGACCAGGCCAAGACUUACCACGACAAAAUGGAGCAGAUGGUGGCUGAGCUGAAGGACCAGAACAGCCUUCUGAAGAGUGAGAAGGACGAUCUGAAUCGGCUGAUCAAGGAACAGAGCCAACAGAUGACUGAGAAAAUGGAGAAGGCCUUGAAGGAAGAGAGAAGGGAGCUGGAGAGUGAUCUGAACGAGGAGCGCUCACGCUACCAGAACCUUCUGGGCGAGCACUUACGAUUGGAGGAGCGAUACGACGACCUGAAGGAGGAGAUGACCCUCACACUGAACGUCCCCAAGCCAGGCCACAGGAGGACCGACUCCACCCACAGUAGCAACGAAUCAGAAUACACCUACAGCUCUGAGCUAGCGGAGUCUGAGGAGGGCUCCCAUGGAGGCGAGGAUGGCAGCAAGGCUGGCCUGGACGUGUCCCUCUUCCUCAAGCUGCAGAAAAGGGUGACCGAGUUGGAGCAUGAGAAGCAGGAUCUGGUGAAGGAGAUGGAUUUUAAAGAUGAGCAGUUUCAGCAGGCUAGGGCCAGGGAUGACGAAGAUUACAAGAAAGCACGCGGAGCAGAGUUGGAGUACGAGUCUCUCAAGCGCCAGGAGCUGGAGUCUGAGAAUAAGAAGCUGAAGCACGACCUGAAGGAGAUGCGGCAGGCCAUGACGGGGAAGGCUGGCCCUGGGGCCUCCUCGCCCUACAGGGUUCUCCUGGAGCAGCUCAACGCCUCCAACGAGGAGCUGGAGGUCCGUAAGGAGGAGGUCCUGAUCCUCCGCUCCCAGCUGGUCAGCCAAAAGGAGGCCGUGCAUCACAAGGAGACCAUGACGGAUGUUGUGUCGUACUUGAAAGAUGUCCAGAAGAUGAAUGCGGGAGAACUCGCUCAGGCUUAUGUAGGAUUCAAAGAGACCAACAAAUCCCCCACUCCAGACUACCAUGAGCUGAAUGAGGAUGGCGAGCUCUGGCUGGCUUAUGGAGGGUUAAAGGAGACCAACAGGCUCCUGGAGUCCCAGCUCCAGACGCAGAAGAGGUGCCAUGACGGAGAGAUGGAGGCAGUGCGCAGGGAGCUGCAGAGUUUGAAGGAGGAGAACAGCCGUCAGCAGCAGCUCCUGACCCAGAACCUGCAGCUGCCCCCGGAGGCACGCAUCGAGGCCAGCCUGCAGCACGAGAUCACCCGCCUCACCAACGAGAACCUGGAUGUAUAUAGGGAUGACCCAGGCAAAUAUAAGAAGAAGCUGACUUUAAUUUAUCAGCGGGCCAUUGAACUCCUGGGCCAGCUCGAAAAGCAGGAAAAGAUCAUCCGUAAAUUCAAGAAGCAGAUCAAGGUCUUCUCCAAGAAGAUUGGGGAACGGGAAGUGGGUCAGAUAGACAGCAUAUCUCCAGGACAGAUAGUGGAGGAGCCCAUCCUCACGGUGAACAUCCCCCGGCGAGAGAAGGACUUCCAGGGCAUGCUGGAAUACAAGCGGGAGGAUGAGCCCAAACUGGUGAAGAACCUCAUUCUAGAGCUGAAGCCUCGGGGCGUGGCGGUCAGCUUCAUCCCGGGCCUGCCGGCCUACGUCCUCUUCAUGUGUCUGCGGCACGCCGACUAUCUCAACGACGACCAGAAGGUGCGAUCGCUGCUGACGUCCACCAUCAACAGCAUCAAGAAGAUCCUGAAGAAAAGAGGGGACGACUUUGAAGUGGUCUCUUUCUGGCUGUCCAAUACGUGUCGCCUCCUGCACUGUCUGAAGCAGUACAGCGGAGAGGAGUCCUUCAUGAAGUACAACACUCCCAGGCAGAACGAGCACUGCCUGUCUAACUUCGACCUGGCCGAGUACCAGCAGGUUCUGAGCGACCUGGCCAUCCAGAUAUACCAGCAGCUCAUCAGAUGCAUGGAGACCCUUUUGCAGCCCAUGAUAGUCUCUGGAAUGCUGGAGCACGAGACCAUCCAGGGCGUUUCGGGGGUGAAGCCCACGGGGCUGAGGAAGAGGACCUCCAGCAUUGCGGAUGAAGGCACCUACACCCUGGACUCCAUCCUGCGCCAGCUCUCCUCCUUCCACUCCACCAUGUACCAGCACGGCAUCGACCCCGACCUGGUCAGGCAGGUGGUGAAGCAGCAGUUCUACAUCAUCGGUGCCGUCACCCUCAACAACCUGCUGCUGCGCAAAGACAUGUGCUCCUGGAGCAAGGGCAUGCAGAUCAGGUACAACGUGAGUCAGCUGGAGGAGUGGCUGAGGGAUAAGAACCUGAUGACCUGCGGGGCCAAGGACACGCUGGAGCCCCUGAUCCAGGCCGCCCAGCUGCUGCAGGUGAAGAAGAAGACUGACGAAGACGCGGACGCCAUCUGCUCCAUGUGCAACGCCCUCAGCAGUGCACAGAUUGUCAAGGUGCUGAACUUGUACACCCCUGUGAAUGAAUUUGAGGAAAGGGUUACCAUAACAUUCAUCGAAACGAUUCAGACCCGUUUACCGGACAGAAAGCAGUCUCCUCAGCUCCUCAUGGACACCCGAAUCAUCUACCCCGUCACAUUCCCCUUCAACCCCUCCACUCUCAUCCUGGACACCGUCCACAUUCCCAGCAGCCUCAACCUGGGCUUCCUAACACGCGUGUAGAGGCAGCCUGAGCCCGGCCUUUACAUGCGUGUAGUGGAUGUCUGAACCCGGCCCUCCUCACAUGCAGGUGUGAACCUGGCUGUUACUCGCAUGUGUAGACGUCCUGGACUCUUAAAGCAAGCCAAGUCCUGUGCAGGGAUACAUCAAUCUUGAAUGCUGAGUAAUUAAUGUUCCCCGUGGUGACAAUUAGAAAAUUUAGAAGUACCCUUAACAGGACUGGUGGGUGCUUCGUCCUGUUAAGACUCUUCUUUAGUGCACUGAUGGACCCCACAGUCUUAUAACGAAUCUGAACCGCACCAGUGCCAACUGUGGCCAGCAGCCCCUUAGGGCAAAGCACAAUUCUCUCCAUCUUCACCCAGGGUUGGCCAGAAUGGGAGAUUCAUUGCACACCAGCAACCCCUGCUGGUUGUUGGGGUACCUGCUAGUGUGCCCAUUUGGCUGCAGGUGAACUGAGCCCUUUUUUGUGAACUGCAGAUUAAUUGGGAAAAUCGAUAGCACAGCUGGUGGCAAUGAGUGCUGAUAAAAUAAGAUUGGGCAUUCUAAACUGGGGGGAAAAGGAAUGGAGAGGCACUAAAGAAUGUUUCAAAAAGGAGUACUCAAACAAAGCUGGACGUUGCUCAGGUUUAUUACAUGAUAUCAAUGGUAUAAAUAUGUGCACUGGUGUUCUCAGUCUGGGGUUCUGAUUGUAAUGUAGUGGUACACUGGAAAAAAAGUGUGAUCUAUUACAUUUGUGAACAUUACUGAACUUGUCUGUUCUGGUUAAUUCAUCAUAGUGGCCAAUGCCUGUAUCAUAGUAUGUAUAUCCAAUAUUUUGGAUGUGUAUAUUUUUCUUUGCUAUAUAUUCUAUAUGUAGUACAGAAAUGAUGGAUAGGUGUUGGUUGUCUAUUAGAUCAAUCUGAUUGAAAAGGAACACUGUCUGCAUAUAUUUAUUAUACAAGUAAACAUGAGUCUAAAAAUUAUUAGUAAGGUUAUUUUCCGGUACAUACAUACAUUGUGGUUUGUUUUAUUUAGGACACACUAAUUAUAGCUGUCUUGUGUAAGUGGCAUAUCCACACAUUUGGCCCCCCAAUAUUUGUUUUUCAGGUUUAAGGAAAGAACCAAAUGACAAUUUUGUUUGUCAGUUGGAAUUGGAGUUUGAUCAGGAUUCAUUGUCACUAAGGAUCUGGUCAAAUAAUUGGUGAGUCUUUAGCCCUGUACCUUUUAAAGCCAUUAAGUCAUCUUGAUUGCCAUAUUAAUGGAAACCAGCUCACCAUAAAAGCUAAGUGGACCAUUUGCCUACAAUCUCCCUCAUUUUCCGAAGGCUGAAACUCUCUGUCGCUGCUUUAUCUGUUGCUAUUUGUAUUUUGUGUUGUAUUUGUGCACACUGGAUAGAAUAAAAUAUUUAAAACGAAUCUGCAUGCUUUUAUUUUUACAGGUUAUUCACAGAUUUGUAGACUGGUUCUCAAAGCUCUUAUCCAAUAGAGCAAACCUGUAAUCAAAUAGGCUAGCUGUUAUCUAAAGACAUUACAGACUUAUAUGUUCUUCAUCAUCCCUUGCCUUACACAUUGUUCUGUUUAGGUGGAAAUAAAUUGUUCUGUGUCUCCUUAAGAUAACCCAGCUGUAAGUAUGCUGUACUUUUCCUGCUAUUUUUUGUGCCAUCUGUUCUUGGGUGAAAUAGUUUUCCUCAUGAUUGUUUAAAAAAACAAUAUACCUUGUAUAUUCACAGGGUGCAGAAUCUUAAUGGGAAGGACGUAGAGUAGAAUAUAACAGGAAUCUACCAUAUUGUUUAAUUUUCUCACCUCUUACAAGAUGGAGCAGAUUUACAUAUCAGAAUCACUGGGUCCACCAGGACUAUUGUUAAUGAUAUUAUCGCAUUACCUUGCCUCACAGAACUAUUCAGGGAAAGCAUCUGAGAAAUGGAGUAUUAUUUUAUAUUAUUUAAGAGAAAUUAUAGACCAGCCAGCAACUGAGCAUCUUACAAGAUGGCUUCCUUUCCCCUUUUAAUCUAAGGUCAUUAUCAGUUACCUGCAUGUGUGCACUUGGCUCUACUUAAAGCCUUUCCCAAAACAAAUCCAGAACUACUUGAAAACUGGAAAGAUGUUUUCCCUUAAAGGUUAGUAUUUUUAAUAAUUCAAUAAAAAGUUAAUGGUGAAGGUUAGACCUUUUUCUUCACAGAACUUCUGCCAUUACAUUAUAAUAGUAUAGGGUAUUGUAUUGUAUUUGAACGCAAAUGGAAUAAUUGGAUUAUACUGGAAAAUAAUGCACUAUUGAAAGUCUAACCAUUUUGAAUGUUUUGUUUACUGUCAUUCAUGUACUGUACUUUGAGAUUUUUAAUUAUAACAUUUUUGACAAAGCCUUACCUGAUUAUAGAACAUAUAGCACACAAUCUGUGAUAUUUAUUUUUGCUUUCUGUGUCUGUAAAGAAUUAUUAAUCCUUGAUCUGACAUAGCUAUGCUUUGCCUUGUAAGAUACCCUUCAUGUUUCUUUAAACAGUAUUCGUUGAUGUAUUUUUUUAUUUUGGUGGAGAAUAAAUGUUGAUAAAUGUUUUCUGUAAAUGUAUUGCAUAUCUCAUUUUUUAGUUAUUAGUAAUUAUUUGCAUUUUGUUUUGUCCGUAUCAUAGAAUUGAUUGUACCAUACUGUUUUAACAUACCUUUCAGACACCAGCCACAUAGAUAAUAAGUUCAUUAAUUUUCAUAAUAUUGGUCAUACAGUUCUAUAUAAUGCAUAUAACAUUUCAAAGUUUUGAGUGUAUGUAGAUCUCAUAUUGCAGUGGUUGCCAAACCUCUCCUUGAUUAGUUACACAUGCAUCAGCUGUGCCUGAUAUGGAGCACACACAAUACUGGGGUCUGUCUCGGGGUACACAAGGAGAGGUUUGGUUUUAUUCUAAAUGUACCAUUGCACAUCACUUCAUUAUUAGAACAAGAUUUGUUUCUGACACCUGCAUUCGAUCAUUAUUGGUUUUUCAAUAAUGACUUUAUAUUUUUACUUGAAUAUGCAAUUUCUUACACUUACAUUUAUUCCGGAGGUUGUUGACGGCUACUGUCACAUGUCAUUGACAAACUCUGGAAAACUGGCAUACCCUGCUCUGUGAGAUGUACCUGCAGUGUACUAUAGGUGGCAAUAUUUAUCAUAGUCAAAGCUAGACGUAUAGAUCCUUUUAAGAUAAAGAGUUUGCUUGUAAGAAAAAUAGUUCACCCCCAUAAUCUUAUUUUCAUGUUCCAGGAUUAUGUUGUUAUAAGUACAGUGUGAUUCAGAUUGGAUUGUUUUAAAGAUUAUUAUGAAAUAUUCUCAACUUUGUUCCAAGAGGAUAAUGAUGAGAAUUAUUUUAAUUCAAUACUGUUUUGAUGAAAUGAUGAUGAAAUGAUGAAAAUGUACAGUUCUCCAACCCACUUUCCACCUCAACUGUCCAUCUCUAGAACUGGUGUCAAAAUGUGAAAAUCCAAACUUUGGUGUUGUAAUUACUCUAAUGUGUUCACCAUGGAAAAUCAUGUGAUAAAAGAAAAAAAAAAAUCAUAAAUGUAUAGGCAAAUAAAGAAAUUCAGCACUGUAAAUGCAGUGCCCUCUAAAAGUAUGGAAACGGUGAAGUGUAAUGUAUUUCUGCUAUGUACAAUCAUAGUAUUUGCAUAUGCGUUGUACCGUUUUACAGUAACAACUGUUUUUGUGUUGAGUCCUCCCAUUUUCAGCAUUGGAAAAUUAAGUUAAUGGAUGACUGACAACUGUUGCUCCGGUGUUUCCUGGUUGCAUUUGGAGUCACACACCAGCAUGAAGACCAGAGAGCUAACUAUGGUAAACAUCUACACAUGUAAAUUCCAUGAAAUAAAAGCUGAUUGUCUGUACUUUUGUCUCAUUCAUCUUUUAAUCUCUAUCCAAAUGCCUGAAGUAAGCUAUAUGUAAAAAUUAACACAGUUCUCUCUACCACUCCAAUACUUUUGCAGGGUACUGUAUGCUGAUGUAAAUACCAUGAAAUAAAAAAGCUGAUUGUCUGUA